AGCAUGUCCCUCACUUCCAUCCUCGCGGCGGAAGACAUUGAAAACGCUGUGAAAGACUGUCAAGUUCCAGACUCGUUCUGCUACAAGAAAUUCUUCGGACUUUGCGGCCUCUCAUCCAAGACGCCCCAGGAGGUCAAAAAUGUCUUCCAGAUCCUGGACGAAGACAACAGUGGCUACCUGGAGGAGUCGGAGCUCAAGUUUUUCCUGCAGAGGUUCGUCCCCGGAGCGAGAGCGCUGACCGACGCGGAGACCAAAAGCUUCAUCUCGGCGGCGGACGACGACAGCGACGGCAAGAUUGGAGCUGAGGAGUUCCAGAUGAUGGUCCUGUCCUGA